CGACGUCGGGAUCGGAUGAAUUCCUGCCUCGCGGAUCUUUCCCGGCUCAUUCCCCAGCAGUACAUGCGCAAGGGCCGUGGUCGCGUGGAGAAGACGGAAAUCAUCGAGAUGGCAAUACGCCACCUUAAGAACCUGCAGAACCAAGAGUGCGGCCGGGACGCGUCCUGUGCCGAGCAGUAUCGCAUCGGCUACAACGAGUGUCUGACGGAGGCGGCCAAGUUCAUGAUGCGCGAACGUGGCGAGGAGAUGUGCUUCCGUAUGGUGGCCCAUCUGAAGGAGCACUGCAACGAGCUUAUGAAGGGUGAACUGACAAAGUCUCGUUGCGGAGCGGAUCUCGCGAACGGUGGUAGUCCGAUCUAUCUGGCAGGCGGUCAGUUGGGGCAUUUGCGUGAGAUGCUAACAUGCCCAUCGGAUCUCGAGCACAGCAGCAAUGAUCAUCACGAUGUGAAGGACCUCAGCUUACGCAGUGCGACGAGUACAAGCAGCAGUAGCAAUCCGCCCCAGGCCGCCGUCAUCACUUCGACGGCACCGAGCAUUGUGCAGCAUUUGGACACGUCGAGCAACCAUUCGACGCAGGACUACGAUGCACCGUCACCGCCAGCACGUAUGUGCAACGGUUCCGGAGGUGUCGGCAUGCAGCAGGACACGAACAACAACAUCAACCAGCACGAAAGCGUUCUGCGCACGAUUCGCAUGCGCAAGUUCUCGGAACACGCGUCACCCGAACAUGAGCACAGCCACAAUAGCUACAAGUUCAAGAACUACAUCCAGCAGCGGUUUUCCCAGGAUACGCAUGAGAAUGACCACGCGGGUGUCUUUGGCCAUAGUCCGGUGUCGUUGCACGACGAGCAACACCUGCAUCAGCAUUCUCACUCGUUGCGAGCCUCGCCGCUUACGAAUGGUAGUACUGGCAGUGUAUCUGGGGCGGACUCGAAGUCCUCCAGCACUAGCACACUGACUGGGAAGUCAUCCACCGUGGCGUCUUCGUCCGAUGAGCCGUUGUCACUGAAGCGAAAGCAGCCCGGAGGUUCAGAAUCACCCUCGACAGUUGGAAGUCCGAUGGAGAAUGGAACCCACCAUCUGCAACAGAAUGGUGGUGAAUGUCCACCGAUGGAGAAGAAGCUGGCGCUUUCCAAGAAUGGCCACGCAAUGGCAGCAUCCUCAUCAGUGGCGGCACUUGCAACGGCUGAGAUAAAGCACGAAAUGCUGACAUCAAUCGGCGGUGGUGGCAAUGGAGCCGCAUUGGCCCUCGGAGGUCCAACAUCAACGCCCGGAUUUGCCCACCAUCAUCAUCAUCAGUCACAGCAGCAGCACCAUCACCACAGUUCCUACCAUCCCGUGCCGAUUUUCGCCUGCCAUACGCAGGGUUUCUAUAUUCCGCUGAACGUGGACUACGAGUCACUGCUGCCAUACCUGAACGGGAUCGAUCUAGUGAGCAAGAGCUUCCUUCAGAUGCCACCGCUGCAUCCGAUCAGCAUUAGCGUCAACUAUAGCCCGGCCAGUCUGACUGGCGGUGGUGGAAGCAGCUUGCUGAUAAAAGCGGCCUCCGUCAACGGGCUCCAUUCGCAAACGAAGGCGAAGCUGGUCGAGGGCAUCAUCAACGGAUGCUAGGCUCGGAAUUUUCCGUAGAACCAUAAAACCAACACACAACCACAGACAUAUUCAACCCCUAAUUCAGUGCAUUUUCUUCUUUGUCGAUGUUCGUUUUCCAUGUGUCGGUGUCGAGUCGUAAAGUGUGUCGUCU